AUGGCUACGUCCAAAACCAUAGCGGUCAUCCUAUUCCUAACAACUCUAGUUGCGUCCAGCAACGCGGCUAAAAAAGCCACAACGCGACCGCUCGCCCCGGCCAUCCUAAUCUUCGGAGACUCAUCCGUUGACACGGGAAACAACAACUACCUCCCCGAUGCCAACUUCAAGUCUAAUCAUAUCCCUUACGGAGUCGACCUCCCAGGGAAAGCAGCGAGUGGUAGAUUCUCAAAUGGAAAGCUCUAUUGCGACAUUAUCGCCUCCAAGCUUCACAUCAAAGAGUUAGUUCCUCCUUUUCUACAACCUAACCUCUCUGACACAGAAAUCGUCACCGGUGUUAACUUUGCAUCCGCUGGUUCUGGCUAUGACGACCAAACUGUGCUCUUGACCAAGGCCAUCCCCAUCGCAUAUCAACCUACGAUGUUAAAAAGUUACAUAACUCGUCUCAAAGGUAUUGUAGGGAAGAAGAAAGCGAUGGAGAUCAUCAAUGGUGCGAUCGUGAUUGUUAGCGCGGGUACUAACGAUUUCAUCUUGAACUAUUAUGAUUUCCCCUCAAGGACUCAAGAGUAUCCUAAAGUAUCUGAUUACCAAAAUUUCGUGCUUAAGAGACUAGAAAAAUUCGUCAAGGAGCUUUACAAUUUAGGAUGCCGAAAAAUGUCGGUGGGUGGGUUGUCUCCUAUGGGCUGUUUGCCGAUCCAAAUAACCUCAAAACUUAGCAGAGGCAUAUCCAGAAGAUGCAUAAAAAGUGAGAACAAAGAUGCAGUCUUGUACAAUAGAAAACUUCAAAAGCUACUCCCUGCUAUUGAAGCUUCUCUUCCAGGAAGCAAGAUCUUAUACGCAAAUGUCUACGAUCCCAUGAUGGACAUGAUCAAGCACCCUGCUAAAUACGGGUUUAAGGAAACCAAGAUAGGGUGUUGCGGAACAGGGGGUUUAAGUGACAUGUGCAAUUCCGGUUCUAAGUUGUGUUCCAAUCACUCUGAGUAUAUGUUCUUUGACUCCAUUCACCCUUCCCUCGCCACCUACACUUACCUCGCUGGCUCUAGCUACGCUACCUUAUCGAAGCUUCUUGAUGCCUAA